AUGGCAUCCGCGAAGCCUUUGACGAUGCUCGUGGCUCGAAGCCGACCAACUGCGAGGGUUUCGAGCGCUGUGCGCACCUUCAAUCUGAGUGCAGCAAACAUCGCAGCGCUUUCCACGACUUGCGCCCGCGCAUACGCCACUCCAUCAGGACCACCGCCACCAGGCUUUCGAUUAGCAAGACCAGAGAGAUGGGAUGAAGGAAAGGAGUCUUCGUUAGACAAGGCUGGGAAAUACUUUCUCCUGACAGAAAUGGCAAGGGGAAUGUAUGUGGCGUUGGAACAGUUCUUCAGACCUCCUUAUACCAUAUUUUAUCCAUACGAAAAGGGCCCUAUAUCUCCACGGUUCAGAGGCGAGCACGCUUUACGGCGAUAUCCUACCGGAGAGGAACGUUGCAUAGCCUGCAAGUUAUGUGAGGCUAUUUGCCCCGCUCAAGCUAUUACAAUCGAAGCCGAGGAGCGUGAAGAUGGAAGCAGGAGGACGACACGAUAUGAUAUUGAUAUGACCAAGUGUAUCUACUGCGGAUUCUGCCAGGAGAGUUGCCCAGUUGACGCCAUUGUUGAAUCACCAAAUGCGGAAUAUGCUACUGAAACGAGAGAGGAGUUAUUGUACAACAAGGAGAAACUGCUUGCGAAUGGAGACAAGUGGGAACCAGAACUGGCGGCGGUUGCUAGAGCAGACGCUCCUUACAGAUAG